AUGGGCCUCGUCUACAACACCUACCUGAACAGCAACCGCAUCUACGGCUGCAAGAACUGCAAAGCCCACCUCGCCAACCACGACGACAUCAUCAGCCGCAACUUCCGCGGCCAACAUGGCAAGGCCUACCUCUUCAACUCCGUCGUCAACGUCGACACCGGCGAAGCCUCCGAGCGAAACAUGACCACCGGCCGCCACGUCGUCCGCGAUAUCUCGUGCCGCCAGUGCAAGGAGACCGUCGGUUGGAAGUACGACAAGGCGUACGAGACGACGGAGAAAUAUAAGGAGGGGAAGUUUAUUCUGGAGGCUGAGUUGCUUUGCAACGUUUCGUAG